AUGAAAAUCGCUUCCUCCAUUUUCGCAGGGUGCGCGCUGGUGCUGGCGCUGGCUGUCUUCUUCGAGAAGGACAGCGGCGCGCGCGCCGUCCGCGUGACUGCGGACGAGGAAGAUGACAAAUCGGGGGAUUCUGCGAAGAAAAGCAGACUGCCAAAACUAUUCAAGACCUCUAAAGGGAAAGGCGAUAGAGUAGAGACCGCAGGCGCAGCACCAGCGUCUGGUGAGGAGCAGAAAUCCACGAAACACAAAUUCUUUAAAAAGCUCAAGCUCUCGACGCCCGUCCAAACCCCGACGGCCGAAGGCGAAACGUCUCCUGACCCCCAAGAUGCAGGAGAACAAGCGGCGCCCACGGCCAAACCCGAGAAACGCAAGUUUCCACUGAGACUGAAGCUCCCACAAAGCCUGACACGCUCUAAGGGGCAACGAGGCAGGUCUACGGAGUCAACAGAGACAGCGGAGGGAGCCGAUUCUGCUGAGGCAUCUGACUCUGCUGAGGCCGCCCAGUCCACUGACACGGGCGCUGCCGCUGAGGCAACUUCGUCUGUUGGGGCAGUCGAGUCAGAUGAGGGAAGCCAGGCAGCCGAGUCUGUUUCACACGACCAGCCGGCGGGGAAAAAAGGUCCGAGGUUCAUGAGCAAACUGAAGUGGAAAGUGAGUCGGAAGACCCCUAAGGCUCCGAAGAAGACAACCCCUAAGAAAGGCAAGAAAGACAAGGGCGCUCUGCCGCCGCCGGCGUCACCUCAAGCGGAGGCCUUGUUCAACGAGAUUGAGGUGUAUCGCCCCAAAGCGAAGGAGCUCAGUCAUAAGAAGCAGUACGACUCUCUCGCCCCUAUCUCUGCGAACCAAAACGAAAACCUCACGGCCCUCGAAGAACUCCUUUCCUCUGACUUCGUCACAGACGGCGUGACACGAGCGAUUGGAGAUCUUUGCGAGCGCGUCCAGCACGCGGUUGGUGAAGGGCGUGCCUGCCCGGUUGGCUCCGUGCCCCAGAUCGACUGUUCCCGCCGCUCGCUCGAGGACAUGAAGGCGUUCCUCGAGGCAUUCGAAUACGCGCUCGCUUCUGCGCCUGCGGUCAAUGCCUGCGGAGAGGCUUACGCGGAAAGCGUCGCUCUCCACGACCUGCUGGUCAUCCAGGUUCCUCUUAGCCCCAGACCGAUUCGCUCGCCCGCAGAUAUGAAGUCUCGCCUCGACGCUCUGUUUGCACCCGGCACGCCGACCCCCAUCGAAGAGAGCUCGGAUUCUGAGGGCUCAGCGAGCUCCACGGACAGCGGAAGCGAGGCUGACCGCGUGACCUCCACGAGCGCUUCACCUGCCUCCGGAAGCAGCGCCGAUGCCGCUGUCCGCGCUGCCGCAGAGCCCGAGGCGGCCGCGGCGGAGGCCAGCGCUACGCAGUCCCUCAGCAUGCUGGAGCUCAAGAAGCAGCAGGUCGAGGAGCCUCAGCAGAAAGAGACUCGGAAGCCGAAGCGCGACGCGAAGCCGUCUCCGCCUGCAGACAACCUGCACAUCCGCCCGCUGCCCUGCGGGAAGCACCUCACGCGCGAGCUGCACGCGACCGCGCCCCGCCGGCUCUUCUUCACCGGCGUUCGCAACCCCGUGGUGUCCGUCAUCUACAACUUGCUCUUCCAAGCGUGGAAUCGCUGGGACGAACUCUUCGCGGACGAGGGCGCCUGCCGCCCCUUCCCGAGGAUCUCGACACUGCUGCGCGUCGGGUCGGAGCAGCGCCUCACGCAGCUCGACGGCCUCUGCGGCGUGGCACUGAAGAAGCUCAAGGGAAAGCCCAAGACACCCGCGAGGCUGCCCGUCGUCCCCAGAGAGAAGUUCUUCCGGAGGACCCGCGUGGCGGGAGUGGCGCAGUUCUCAUGCGAUCUCCUCAAUCGCGCCGCCCGGGCCUUUGACCUCGGUGAGUCUGCGGGCGUGGGCGAGCUGAACAGCCGCAUGGAGUCGCUCGACGAUGACAUGAAAGCCCGCAGCCUCUCGCUGGAGCGGAACGCCAGCGCGGGGACCAACUACCGCCGCAUUUGCCUCGCCUUCCGCCACAGCGUCGAGAAUGUUCCCCACAUCUCCAACGUUCUCUCGUGCGCCUUCGGCGACACUGUGCUCGCCAACAACACGCCGGUCGCGACCCCGCAUGGACGCGCGUCUCCCGAGGGCUCAGACGCUGAGUCCGCUGCUGCUGUUGAGUCAGCCGCUGAAACCACCGCGCCCGAGGCUGCCGCCGCCGAGGCUGCUGCGCCAGAAGCCGCACAGGCUGCGUCUUCAGUGGAAAGCACGGCUUUGCUGCAGACCCAGGCGAAGGUGGACUCACCUGCAGUUAUCACGGAAGGCGACGAGUCACCUGAGGAGAAAGCGGCGUCAGCACAGAGAGUCUUCAACUGGUUCAAGCUCCGCGGAGAGGCGAAGCUUGACGCUGCGAACCUGCGCGCCGUUCUGCGCCUGGACUACGAGACCUGGUGGCUGUCGCUGCUACUUGGCGACGAGCGAAGUCUGAAGGAGAUGAGAAGCAAGGCGAAGGCGUCGUGCAAGGAGGCCGCGAAGAAGGAGCUGAGCGGCGAUGCCGAAGUCUGCACGCGGCAUUCACAGAAGAAGUGGUGGGAUAAGACUUGCGCCAAGAAAGUCUCUCGCUUCGACUGCGAGCCCGUCAAGGAUGUCUCCGGCUUUGUAGGGUACAUGAAGGAAAUGUCCACGGUCGUUGCAGCUCUGGCGGCGCACGACACGCUGGUAAAGAAGCCUUCUCAGAAGGAGAAGGGUCGCCCCUUCGCCACACUCGCGAACGACUCUGCCGCGCAAAAGACACUCAGUUCGCACAACGCUUACGCAGUCGCACUCAUCAGUGCGUUCCAAUUCUACUCGCAGUCGGUGUUCUCCAACAAAGAGCUCCUUCAUGGCCUCGGGCCUGUCGCGGCGUGGGAGAGCAGCCUGUUGCAAGCGCUGUUCGCCGGAAAGGGCAAAAAAAGUUGGCUCUUUGGCCGCUUCACAGGGGCGCUCUUGAGGAGGUUCGGGUCGCGUCUCGCCGAGAAAGCCUACACUCCGGAGAUGAUGCACUUUUUGCACCGCACGCUCCGGCCGGAUACCCGCCAGAAGAUGUUCCAAGCGAUCAAAGUCGUGGUGCACCCGCUGGCGAUGAAACACCUCAACCAGAUGGCGGCGCUGUACAGCGACAAAACGGGUCGCGUCAACAAGGCUGGCGGCUUCGCGCAGGAAGUCGACAAGACAAUCCAACAGUGGACGCGCCACGGCAUGACUGAAAAGAUGGUGGAGCGUCUGGAGAAGGGCGAGAAGCUCACGCCCGCGGACUACGCUGGAGUGAACAUUCUGACGAUGCCCGUCCCUGUGCGCGAGCGGCUGGAUUCGCUGAUUGCCGAGAGACUGGAGGUGGCGCUGAACAACCUUGCAGGCAACCCCGAGAACGUGGAGGUGGCGCGCGCGGGCUGCGACUUCGCCAGUCUGCGAUCGAACGCCCUCGAAGUCAUAGAGGACUCGCGGUAUUUGCUCAAGCACGGCGGCGGCGAGGGCCUUAUGUUCCUGGGCAAGGUCGUCGAUCCGGGCGACACGUCGCUCCGUGCGCGCGGAUUUUUCGCAAAGACCUGGUCAGGUAUGAAGAAGAUGGCGAAGAGCAUCCUGCGCCUGCCACCCUAUCAGGCGCAGCACUUUGUCUUCGCCGGCGUUCAAGUCCGAGAUGACUUGGUCAGCCAGGUCGUUCAGGAAAUGGCCUCCAUCUACAACAGAAACGCAGCCUUCUUCAAAAACGAAAUUGCCUUCCGCAAGGCCGUCAGCGAGCUCGUCCUCGUCUACGAGCACCUCUUGCGCGAUAGACGCCGAGAGCCCUUCAUGGUGCCGGUCACGUCGCUUCUUGACAAUAUCAACCCCGACUACGCGCAGAUGGACGGCAAGCCGCGCCAGCAGGAGUUUCAGACGUCGGCGCUGUCUCAGAUUUUCGCGCAGGCCUGGUCGCUCUUUUUCUCGGUCUCGAUGAACAACUUCAUCAACCCGCUGUCGAUGGAGAAGCUCGAGAACGAAUACUCUAAAGACGCCUGGAAGAAAUCCGUCACCGACAACCUCGCCGUGAACUCGUUCCGCUCGGUCUUCCUAGGCAGCGACUUGCCGCUCAUGCUGUACGACCAGCUCAUUCCCAAGGCGCAGAAGCAGAUGCUCAAGCGAUCCAAGUAUGGCGUAGCCACCAUGUUCGCCUACCAGACAGUCAUGACCGGGCGACUUUACGCAGCGCAGAGCCUGCCGAACCUCGGCAUGUUCCUUCAAGCGCAGGGUCCCUACUUCGGAGACACCAUCAUCCGCUGGCAGCGCAAGCGCAGGAUGGACAGAAUCAUCGAGAUCUUCUCUUGGAUUUCGCUGGGGCUCUUCUGCUUCGGCGCCGUCAGCGAGGCCCUCCGGACCACGUCGCAAGCAGUUGAGCACGUCGUGCAGAAUCAAAGCAGUCUCUCGCCGUCGGUCGCCGGCUGCCCGCCCUUGGGGAUCUGCGCGGACGGCUCGAUCGGCGACCCGAUUGCGUCGCCGCCCACGGCGGCCGCGAGCGCUGUGUUCCAGUCGAUGACCAUGAUUGGUCUCGGGAUGGCUUUUGGUCCCGCGAUUGCCGUCUGGCGAAUUGCCGUCUCGCACGUCAAGAUUCUCUCGCGAUUUGAAAUGGCGAUCGGAAAUGCCUUCCGCCGCAUCGGGCGCUGGUUUCGGGCCAAAUGGCGCGGGCGCUGGUUCACCAAGAAGCAGAACGACAAAAUUCGGAAGGAAAUGGAGAAGCACGCCAGCAAGUUGAAGGCCCAUCAGAGAAGCCUGAUCACACACAAAUCGGAGAACUUUGUUGAUCAGCCGGUAGCGGCUGUCGCACCGACUUUCGACGACAUAUUUACCUCCGAAGGCUCUGCGUCGGCGGAGGGUUCCAACGGCGGCUUCUUUGAGAUCGAGUCGGUGUCUAUGCGGAAGCCUCGCACCGACAGAAGCAUGCAGGUGCGCAGGCACGACCUGCUUGUUGAGCGCCUCAGCCGCAUGUAA